GUUACCUCCCUUGGUAAUAAAUUUGCCAUAAGAAAAGACACAACAAACUACUUUUUACAAAGCUAAAUUUGGAUGUUGCAGUUAGAUUCAUAAAAAUGAGCGACAGCCAAGGUAUCGCCCGCAGAUCAACAAGGACAGUAAAACCCACCUUCAAAAUGAAAGAGUUAGGUCUUCUAUCUACUGCAUUAGACCCUGAUGAGGAUCAUCUUAAGACUGCAGGUUCAAGAAACGGCUUAAAGAAAAACUCAAGAACAGAAUUUAGAAACCACAAUAAAGAAUUAUUACAAAAUGAUACUCGAAACCAGCUCACACUAGACGAUGAAAAAGUUUGCGGUUCACUCAAUGUUGGAAGAAAAAGCAAUCGACCUAAUAACAUUGCUGUAGCCCGAAAUGUUCCAAUUAAACGCCUUCAAUUAAAAAAUGCUAAUAUUACAGAUGGUACAGGAAAUGUGGUACAUGUUAUUGACCCAAAAGCUAAAAAAUUAGUUAAAACUGCUGAAAUUGAAGGCAGUUCAAUUUCAACAACUAAAACAGUCUGCGAAACAGCAAAUUCUGGCAUUGCAAUAACUUCACUGGAUGAUUCAUGCAUUGUGGAAACUGAUAAGAUGAUAGAAAAUGUUGACAAAAAGAGGUGUAGUAUUGGGCUUGGAAGGCAUAAUAAAAUCCAACAAGCGCAUGAUGUUGCAGAUGAAAAAGAUGAUGCAGAAUCUAAGUGCGAUGACCUGACAGAACAAACAAUUAAGGUUGAAGAAUUAUAUGAUACUGAGUCUGAACUUGAUGGCCCCAGCACUGAGUCCCUGUUCUGUGACAUAUGCCAGAAAAUGCUGGCUAACAAGUACAUAUACAAGAAACACGUGGCAAUACAUUCAGGUAUAAAACCGUUCCGCUGUGUCAUAUGUGAUGCGAGGUUCCCGAUACGAGAGUACCUGGUCAAUCACAUGGUCUGCCACACGACAGACAGGAAGUACAAGUGUGACGUCUGCAGUGCCACGUUCUUUAGACAAUCCAACCUUUCAAGUCACAUGAUUUCUCAUACCGAAGUGCGACAGUACCAGUGCGAGGUGUGUUCCAAGUGGUUCAAGACGAAGGCAGUUAGAGACGAGCACAUGAAGUACCACGGUGAGAGGCGGCACGUCUGUGACAAGUGUGGCAAGAGCUUUAUCACCGCCACGUAUCUCCGGAAACAUGUCAGCGUUCAUGAAGGUAUUAAGCCAUUCAAGUGUGAGGAAUGCGGCAAGUCCUUCCCAUAUCAACAGAGUCUGCAAGAACACUUGAUGAGACACAAGGGCAUCAAGCCUGUAUUCUGUGAGGUGUGCGGAAAAGGCUUCAACAACUUGAGGCAGCUGAAGGCCCACAAAAAGUACCACGAGGCCAAGACCGACUUUCUGUGCUCGCUGUGUAACCUCUACUACGACUCCAUAAAGUCUUUAAAGAAGCACCACUACAUGUCGCACGCUACGGUGUACAAGUGCGAACAUUGCGACCAGACAUUCAAAAACAAGCGAGUCUUGGUGUCUCACAAGUUCACAGCACACAGGGAAAAGCUUGCUAGUAGGGGAAGGUUACACGCUACUAAGUUUUCAUGUGAUAACAAAGUGGAAUGUAGUCUGUGUAAAAGGACGUUUUACAAUGAGGGGGUGCUAUCAGAGCAUCUUGUGAAUCAACAUGGUCUAGAUAAAGAGGAUGCAGAAAGAGUCAUUCAAGCCAAGGAUAUAGGUCAGAUUGUAAUAAUAAAUGAAGAACAUUGUGAAGUUCAGAAAGAGGACGAUGUCAAUGAUAAGGAGCAGUAUCGCGUGUAUUACAAGGAUGAAGAAAUAGACGUGUAUGUGACUGUCAGGAAAGGUGCUGAGAAGGAAAUUACUGACGCAGAGGCAAGAGAAAUCGUGAACGCAUUUAAGAUAUCGUCGAAUGCAAGUUUAGGUAAAACGUCUGGAAUGGCAGUUGAGGAAAGGGGAAGCAACGUAAAGGAUCUUUUGCUUGGUUCUAAGACUAUGAAACCAUUGCUAGAGGAUAAUACGGAAGCUCCAAUGCAGAUGAAAGGUGUUUCAACUGAUGAAAAUAAUAGCGAAAAUAGAAAUAAAACUAAGGAGGCAUCAACUGAUGCUUCUAAACAUGUAACCAGGAACAGUGGUGUUGAUGUUAUAAACAAGUUACAAAAUUUGGUGAACAGCCAAAAUAGCGUCUAUGGCAACAAUGGGCAAUCUUGUUACAUCGUAAAAAAGCCGGACAUGGUGGGAACAAUAAAAGACAACGAAGAACUGUUUGUUUUGGUUCCUAAUUCUAAGGUGGCAAAUAAGGAAUCGGUAUCUGAAAAUAUGCUACAAUUCCAAAGAGUAGAAUGUGACCAAAUUAGGGAUGUUUACGAAGAAAUCGUAGAUUCAACGGCUUCUAAUAACGUGGGAAAUGUUUUCGGGAUAAAUGCUGAAAAUGGCGACAAGAUUGUUCUUAUUGUGAACCAAGAUGAGAAUGUGGAGACGUACAUGGUGGAAGGGCAGGAAUACCUAGAAGUAGUGGAGUCAGAAAUGGAAAUUGAAGAAAGCUAUGGUGUAGUUGAAAGUGAUGAUGUUGAUGAUAAGCAUGAAAAUUUAGUGACACCUAACCCCGACUGCUCUGGCAAGCAUGUUUAUAGAGAUGAUGUACACAAUUUUCGUUCACAUUUAGUGACACCUAACCCAAAUUCUAGUUGUGGUCAAUAUAAUAUAAAUAAUAAUAAUGAAGCUUUAAGAUACGAAAACUCGCAAGUUAAUGCAAACAUUCCCAGACAGAAUACCGCCUCGCGGAAUUUAGUUAGCGAUAGUAACUCCGAGAUUUUUAGUAAUAAAGGAAACAUAAGGUCUGUACCUACUAGUGACAGAUCUGUAUACACACGUCCCCAUGAAGCGUUUGUUGCCAAUGGUGAGACAAAUUAUUCACGAUUAAGCAACAACUCUUCAAAGCCCGAUGAAUUCCUUUUGACUGUACCGGAUUCAAAUUUCCCAGGAGAAAUUGCCCAGUUUGAGAACGCUUUGCGGAGAAAAGCUUUACAAUUCGAAAGUUUUAAAGAGUAUGGUAACUUUUUGGAUAACAUGAUGUUAGCGCUUCAAAAAGCAAAAGUAGAGCAGAGUAUUAUAUUUGGAACUCAAAGGCCUUAAACAUUUAACCCAUUUAUGCCUAGUGGACUCUCCCAUACUUCUAAAAUGGAUCAAUUUAUUUCCAAAAUUAGGGAUGUCUAGUAUAUUUAUUUCUUUAUUUAGAAUAUUUCUUACAGAAAUUCCUUUAAGUAAACAGCGUAGACCCUGAUGAGACGCUGCAUCAUGCGGCGUCUCAUCUGGGUCUAUGCUGUUUGCCAAGGCCUUUUUUUCUAGACGCUAGGCAUAAAUGGUAUAAACGUUUUAUGCUGUGAUUUUGCUAUUAAGGCUGCUAUUGCCUUUUAAUGUUUAUAAGUGACUGUUAAAGCGAGUAUAUACAAUUUCAAUGUCAACAUUUGCAUUAAUUCUUGCAAUUUUAGACAAACAUUUGAAUAUCAACAAGGAAUAUUGUAAAAUAUUAAUUAACAACCUUUCUAUUGCACCAUCAAUCAAAUAUUGUUUACUUUAAUGAAAUUUUAAACAAACAAGUUUACGAAGAUACUGAAACUUUUUAAUUUUUUGAAGAACCAAAAUUGUUUUCAUGUGUUGUAUGAACCAAUCUGUACAGAUAAUCAUUAAUUUGGUUUUCCCAAUAGCGUACAUGAAGUAGUUUUCAACUGCACAGCAGAAAAUUGCUACUUUUUCAGAACUUUAUUCUAGUGUUUUUUUAUUCAUCAUCGUUUAAUCUCUUAUGCAAAAAGUAACAAGAUCAUAUAUUCUCGCUUUAAAAAUUAAUACUUUUAUGCAAUUAAACCAAUAUGGCUUGAUAUAUUUAUGACUGUAUGAAAUUUUGUUGACUUUGAAUUUUUGCUCACUUGAGGUGUUUGUGCUCAAGGGUGAGUUAUCCUGGUCAGUCAGUGUUGCUGCCAUCUGUCAAAAUCUUGAACUGCUUACAUGUAACCAAGGGUUUUGAUUUAGAGAUACUUUCAAAGAUUGAUUGUUUGUCUGUUAAACAAUUAUGGAAAUUAUUUUUUCUUAAAAUUGUGGCAGUUAUAAUUCUAGAAUUAUAAUUUGUUACCAGUACAUUACUACAUUGUAUAUCUUGAUAAUGCAUAUGAACACUUAAAAUCAACUGAGCAACCCAGGGCCAUCUUGCCCGCUUGUUUACUUAAAGUGGAAAAUAAUUUCAGGUUUCGAUUCCUUUUUAAUUUAUAUGUAUUUAUUAUUAUACAUGUAAUGCUG